AUGCAACACAUGUUGCAACCAACUAAAGAAGAAGAUGUUUUUAAUGAAUUUAAGGAUAAUAUUGUACUACAGCUUAAUGUUCUCAAUGCAAUAGGUACAGUCAUGAAAAAGACUGAUAAAAAAGUUUUAAAUAAAAUUAUACCUAUGGUUGGUCAGCUCAUUGAGUUAACAAAAAAAGAAAAAGAAAUAACUCAAGUUGGGCUGAAUACUUCAGGUUCAUUGUUAGUAUUAGAGGAGAUUUACCAAACUAUGAAUGAAGAAAAGAGUAGAGAAUAUGUCAGUUAUAUUCAAGAGGUUAUGACAAUCAAGAUGCCUAUUACAGGAAUGGGAUUAUAUUAUAUGAGUGAAAUCAUUAAGUUAUAUGAUAAUAUUAUAUUUGUUAAUGAAGAAGUUGAGUUAUUAUUGCUAGAAUUUAAACAUAUGAAAGAAGUUAUCAAUAAAACAAUUGAAACAUUUACUGUUUUGUCUACGUUACAAGAAAAUAAUGAAAGAAGUAAAAUAAUUGUCCAAGAAUUUAUUAGCCUUAAUGAAGAAAUUAAAAAGGAAGAAAUAGAGCUAGAAAAUAAACCAAAUAUGAUUAUUGAUAAAAUUAGAUUAAUAAUAAUGAAGCAUUUUAAAUAUGUCGUUUCCUAUUCAAAACUACAGAAAAUAUUUCUUGUUACUUCACAAUUUUUUGCAAUUCGUUUAGACAAUAUUAUACAGCGUAUUCAAAAGAAUAAAAGUAAUUUAACUCUAAUAGACAUUAAUGACUUUAUCUUUUUAAUACAAUACUAUAUUAAUUGUAUUUCUCUCAUUUCAUUCUAUUAUUUUACAAGUCAGUGGAAUAUUUCAUCUUUUUGUAAUAAGUUAUUUCCAUUACUUCAACAAACAAUGAAAUUAAUGACUGACUUACUUCAUAAAAGUCAUACAACACAAGAGAUAUUUAUAUUUCUUGAGAAGUAUAAGAAUGAAUUAUUAUUUAUUUCAUUUUCAAUAAAAUCUAUAAUAAAAGAUAUUGUUGAAUUAAUUCCAUCAGUUUCAUUUGAAACUUUUAAACAUACUGUUAGUGAUUUCUUUAUGAUAGUUGAAGAGAUUGAUCAACUUAAUAUUGAUACUUCAAUUUAUGAUAUUAUUGAAAGGAUGAAAAAAGUUUCAUUAAUGCAAAAGAAAUUUCAAUCCAUUAUUUCCAUGGUUGUUCAAUAUGAUACAAAAGAUGUUCAUUUUGAGAAUAGUAUUAAUGUUAUAAGUCAAAUGGUAAAUAUGAUGGGAUCAAGAAAUACAACCAAAGUAAUGGUUCAUAACCAAAUUAAAAAUAUCAAACAAAGUAUCACCGAAAUUAUGAUUGAAUCUUCUCUUUUCAUUCCAAUAUUUUCAUUUGGGAUAGAAACUCAAAAAUUUGCAUAUCAAAAUAAUAUUGUUUGUAUUUUUUCUGAAUGUCAACAAUGUAUGAAAUAUCUUUCUUCUUUUAUUAGAAAUAGUAAAGAUGGAGGUGUAUAUCACAACUAUGAGCCAAUGCAAAUGAUUUCUUAUUUAAAAAAUUCUUAUUUUCAAAAAAAGUUUUGUAUAUUUCCAUCAGUAUCAAAAGAAAUUACUAUUUUUUUUGAUUUAUUAGAAACAAGAAAAUUUAAAACAAUACAUGAAAUGGUACAAUUUGUUUAUGAAUCUCAAAUGGAAAUAAGUAAUUCAUUUACACCUCAAACAGAUAUGAUUCAUUAUUGUAUUAAUGAAACUAAAAACAAAAUUUCAUUAUUUUUAAAUGAAAGUUUAAUUGAAAAAUUAGAAGAAAUUAUUAGUAAAAGUAUUAUUGUAUCAAAAAUGUGUCAAUGUUUUAUUCUUCAAAAUCAAACAAAUGAAAUAACAAAAUAUCCUUUAAGUAUUGAAAAACAAAUUAAAUCAAUUAAAAUAUUUAGUAAAAGUGGUAACAUUUCAUUAAAAAUUAUUAAAGAACCUAUUCAUGAACUUCAAAAAAUUCUUAAUUCAUUACAGCAGUCAUUAUAUUCUACUCCAUUUGAAAGUUUUGGAUUAGUUAGUUCACAAUGUCAUUCAUCUGGUUCAUCUUCAUUUUUUCAAUCACUUCAUUCAAUUUGUUCACAAAAACUUUUUUCAACAGAUUCUACAAUAUCAUCAGUAGACUCAUGUUGUACAAUUACAUUAGAUUAUAGAUUUAAUGAAAUUUUUGUUUUAUUAAGAGAAUCUUUUAAUAUUAUAACAUGUUUUAGAGGAAAUGGUAAAAAGAAAAUAACAAAAGAAGAAUUUGUUAAAUUUAAAGAGAAAAUCGUUAAUUGUACAGAACAUUGUUUUAUUUUUUUCUUUGACUUAGCUGAUACUCAAUAUAAACAAAUAACAACAAAUGCAAUAGAGGUAUUUAAACAAUACAUUUAUUUUAUUUCAAUUCCAACAUUUCCAAAAUAUUAUAAUAUUGUUUCAGAACAUAUGGCACCAACAUGUUUAAGUUUCUUUUCAAGUAUUCUUCGUAGUUUUUAUUCAAUUCUUUCACAAAAAUUAUUAUCAGUUCGAUCAGAAAUUGAAAGUUUAGUUCAUCAUAUGGAACCAUCACAAGUAAUUUUAUUUACAUUCCAAAAGAAAUAUAAACCACUUAUACAUGUGAUAGAAGGAUACUUAGAUUAUUUUGUAUUAUAUGAACCAAAAAAGAAUAUAUAUCCAAUUACUAAAUUUAUUAAAUGGGCAUAUAAAUUACCAACAAUGAGUUUUCCUAUUGACUUUAAACCACUUUUUAUGUUUGAUAUUGAAAGUAUUAAACCAACAAAAGAAAUAAAUAGUAAUUUGUUAUUAGAGAAGUUUUUAACAAAAAAUACUAUAGAUGUAUUACUUAAUUUAUAUGGAUUUGAUAAUACAUUUAGACUAUGUCUUCAAGAAGAUCAAGAAAUAAUGGAUAUUAUUUCUAUUAUUUCAUGUUAUCAAACAUUUAUUACAAAAUCAUCAACCCAAUUUGAAUUUAUAACAAAUGAAUUAAACUUAAAUAGUACAUCAAUUAUUAAUGAAUUAACAGAAAUUCAACAAUACGUCAAUUUACCAAUUUUUGUUCAUAAAAUAAUGUAUGGAGUUACUAAAAUAUUAAAAUAUAUAUUUCCUAUAAAAAGAGUUAUAUUUAUAUUAAGAAAAGAAUUAAAGAAAUUAAUUAAUUCAUUUUCAAAAGAUGAAGAAAUUGAAGAAAAUGGAUUAAAAAAUUAUUUAAUAAUAAUAAGAUAUUAUUGUUUAUUAUUAAAAUAUAAUUAUAUUAAUGAAAAUUGUAAUAUUAUUAAUAAAUCACAUUAUUUAAAUAUUAAUGAAUUUAUCUCAAAUAUUUUUGAAAUUAUUCAUUUCUUAUUUUGUCAAAGGACUUUUGAUACAAGUUGGAUUAUGUUAUUAAAAUUUCAUAUUUCUUUCUUAUUUUCAAUUCAAUUUGAAAAAUUAGAGAAUUUGAUAUAUCCAGUAAUAUUUUUUAUUAUAAAAAAUCAAAGUCUUGAUGAAUUACAGCAACAAGUUAUUAAUAAAGUAAUUAUUUCAAUUAAACAAUUAUUAGGAAUUGAAUUAAAAAAUUAUGAACCAAUUAAUUUAGAAGUAUUAUUAAAAUUCUCUCAAACAAUUGUAGAACAUUACAGUUCAAUAGAAAAAUUUAAUGUUGUUAAAACACUUAAUAAAUUAAAUAAAAAACAAAAUAAAGAAGAAUUAGAUAGUUUAAUACUAUUAUUUUAUAAAAUUAUUUGUGAUGAAAUGUAUUUAAAUAUUAAUAAUGAAUUAUAUUAUUCUUUAAAUAAACUAAGAAAAAAAAUAGUCAAAUUUUAUAAUAAUUUAUUUGAAGAAAUAAAUUAUACAAUGUCAUUAACAACUCUUAUUACUGAUUAUAUUAAGUUAGCACCAAUGCAAGUAAAAUUCUUAUGGUUAUGUUUAUGUAAUGUUCCUUCUUCUUCUUCUCUUUUAGAAAUUAUUCCUUUAAUUAAUACAAUAAGUUUAAUUAGUAAUAAAUUUCAAUCAAGUAUAGUUGCAUUAUAUUUACCAACAUUAGAAAAAAUGAUUAAAAAUAAAGAGUCAGAUGAUAAAAUUAAACAAAUUAUUUAUAUUAUUAUAUCCAUUUUAUAUCAACCAUUAGGAAAUAUUGUAAAAAAAUCAAUUGAAUUUGAAUAUCAUCUUAAUUGUUUAAAAAUAUUAAAUGGAAGUGAAAAAAUUAUUUCAUUAAUUAGAAAAGAAAAAAGAGGAAUUGAAAAGAAUAUAUUUGAAAUUAAUUGUUAUUUACAAUUGGCUUAUACUAUAAAUAAUACUAUAAUGAAAAAAGAAUUAAUUAAUAAAUUUAGAAAGAUUCAAAAUGAAGUUUUAACAAACCAUAUUUUAUUUGAUCAAUCCAUUAUUCAAAAAUUAAAUGAAAUGAAAGAGAUUAGUUUUACAUUUGUGUCGAGUGAUUUUUUUAUUAUAUUUGAUAUUCUUCAUAUUUGUAAAUCUUCAUUAAUGACUAAUAAACAAUCUUCAUUAAAACAGAUUUAUAGAUUAAAGUUAAUGUGGUGUGAAAUUGAACCAUUUACUUGUUUUUUUGAAGGUAAUCAAAUUCCUUCAAUGACUAAUACAAUAUUUUGUAAUAUAACAAUAGAAAAUUCAAUUAAUAAGUUAAUUAAACAAGUUAUGGAUAAUAAUAUAGAACAAAUUACUUCAUUUAAAUAUAUUUAUGGAGUUAUUCAAUAUCUUUUUAGAAUAAAUGAUUUUGCAACAAGACAUUUAAAAAUAAUAUUUGAUUAUUAUUCAAAUCAUGAUAUUAUUGAUAUUUCUGAAAAAGACUUUAACUUAAUUUCUUGUUAUUUCUCAAUGAAACAAACAGAAAAAAUGUUUGUUGAUGAAACUGAAGAUUAUGAAAUAUCAUUAUGUCAUUUUAUUCGUUCAUUAAUUAUUCCAACUUCACUAUUAGAAUUAAAAUCUAUUAAUCAUAAAUAUAAUCAAUUUAAUGAAAUUUAUAAAUUUUCUUCAAUUAAUAUAAUUAUUGAUUCAUACCGUUUUAUUAAUGUUUUUAAAAUGAGUCAUUUAACUAUUAAAGACCAAUUUAAUAAAAUUAUUCAUUUUAGUUAUGCUUUACAUUGUCUUGAAGAAACAAUUAUUCUCUUUAAAAAACAAACACAAGAAGUAUUAUUAUUAAAUAUGAUAUUAAGUGUUAUUGAUACUUUAUAUUAUCGUAUUAAUCAAAAAAUGGAAAUAAUUUGUCAAUGUAAUGAAUUUAUUGAUCUUUUAGAAGAAGAAAAAGUAAUUAAUAUGAUAUUAACAUUAAUUUGUAACUAUACAAGAAUUGUAGAACAUUUUAUUGUAUUAAAAAAUAUUUGUGGAGAUCACUUAAUAUUACCAGUUCAAUUGGAUAUAUCAAGUAUAAUAAAUAUUCCCACUUUAUUAUUUUCAUUAGGACAAUUAAUUAUUGGUGGAGUGUCUCGUGGAGUAAUGUAUAAAUGUGUUUGUGUUAUUUCAAUGGGAUUAAAAAAUGAAAAAUUAUGGGAGUAUGCAAGAACAUUAGGAUAUAAAUCUGCAAAAACAGAAUUUACUGAUAAAUUAAUUCCUGAUGAUGAAGAAUUACAUAUUUUUGAAAAAGUAAUUCAUAGUCUAAUACAAUCAUUUCAUACUCAUCAAAUCAUUAAUAAAAAUUGUUAUUCAUUUGAACAUGAUAAUAUUAUUGGAAUAAUUCGAUUUGCUCUUCUUCAAUUAUUUUAUCAAUUUAAAACAAACAAAAUGACAUUUUUUUAUGCAUGUUUAAAUCAACUAUGUGUUUGUUUAAUUGGACUUCUUGCUAUUGUAAUAGAACAAGACCAAUCACUAAAUACAUUAAUGACAGAAGUUAUGAAUUAUCAUGAUUAUAGUAUUUCAUUAUUAAAUGAAGAAAUUGAAAUAGAUGUAAUUGCUUUAUUUAAACAAAUGCAUUUCAUUUUAGAUAAAGUUUAUUGUAUUUAUUCACCUUCAAAUUCUUUUAUUUCUGACGAAUUAGUUUCAUCUCUAAUAAUUGAAAAAUCUUUAUUUAUAUUAUAUACUCAUAUAAAAGAAGUUGUUCAUUCAUUAUUAUUAUCAAAUCAUUCAAUACAAACAAUGUCAUACUCCAAUUAUAUUUCUUUUAUAUGUUCAUAUAAUAAAAAACUUUCUAUUUUAAUCCAAAAUUUUAUUAAUUCGUUCUUUAUUUCUUAUUAUAUAAAUAACGAAGAAAUAGUUAUUCAUUUAAAGCAUCCUAUUAUUUCUUUAAUGCAAGUUCUAUCUUCAUUUUCUAAAACUACAUUAUGUCCUUUUCUUCAAGAAAGUACUAUCACAAUUAGUUCGUUAUUAUAUCAAAAUAUGAUUUCACUUCAUUUCUACUUAGACGCAUGUUUUAUUUUUAGUCUCUUAAAUAAUUCUUCUGAUGACUCUUCUCCUAUUAUUCGUAGAAUGGUUUGUAUUUUUGAUAAGUUACUUGAAACACUUAAUAAAUCUACUUUGUUUGAAAACUUUCCUAUAAAUGAAAUUAUUUUAAUUAUUAAUACUAUUGUUUCAAUAACUUCUACUAUGUCUUCUUCAUUAAUUGAAAUUCAUCAAAGAAUAAAAACUAUUCUUUCAAUUCUUUUAAAUUUCAUAGAAAAUAAUUAUUUAAAUUUUCAUUCAAAUAUUCAAAAUCAAACAGAAAUUAAUAUUCAUUUAAGUAUUGCUCAAUAUGGUUUGCAACAAUUUACUUCCCAUUGUACUUGUUUAUUAAUUUCUCAUCUAUCUGAUGAUUCAACAACAUUACUUAUCUGUACUUAUUUACAAAUUAUUGUUUCUGAAAUUAUUUCCAUUAUUUCUUUGUUGAAUCAUUAA